CCGGCUGCCGAGUGCCGUGAGUUGGAGCCCGGGCUGUGCAUGGGGUUCCCGGUGGCAGAGAGCAGCGGUAUCCCCCUCAAGCGUCCUGCGCGCCGUCGAGCGCCGUCUUCGCCAUGAGUUUCCCGCGACCGCUACGCAGAGCCGUCAGCUUGACCCCCGCGCGGACUCUCCGACUGGUGGUGCUGGGACAGGGCGCCGUGGGCAAAACAGCAUUGACAGUAAGAUUCAUCACUAAGCGAUUUAUUGGUGAUUAUGACCCUACUCUAGAGAUGAUUUACAGGCACACAGCAAUCAUAGAUGGAGACAUGGUUCAUUUUGAAAUUCUUGACACAGCGGGGCAGGAGGAAGAUUCUCUCCAAAUUGAAGAAAAGAUAAAGUGGGGAGAUGGAUUUGCUGUAGUUUAUUCUGUCACUGACAGGUGUAGCUUUGAUGAGGUGAUGAGGCUGUGCUUUCUCAUCAACCAUAUCCAUUCAAGCCCAAAGCGGAACAGUGGCAGUGGAGAACCGCCAGUUGUGAUUGUUGGAAACAAGAAGGACCUGCAGUUUGACCGAAUGGUAACCUUUGAGGAUGGAGAAAAUCUCUCCAAGGCUUUGAAGCAUCCUUUCUAUGAGAUCUCUACCAGGGACAGCUAUGAAGAGACUGUUGUGGUCUUCAACACCUUAUAUGGUGAGCUGAUGAAGCAAGGGCAUUUUUCCCCAGGGUCCUUCAAGAGGCGCGCAUCAUCUAAGUUAAUGGAAAAAAUUCCCAAAAUUCAUGCCAAUUCAAGUCUAACUUCAGCAGGCAGGAGUCUCAGCUUCAAUUCGUUCAGGGACUACAUCCCAGAGUGAACAUUUGUCUAAACCGCUAUACAGUGAUGUUCGAAGCACACAGAGCCAGUUCGAGAUAACAAGGAAGAGGCUGCAGAAUUGCUAGCACAAAGGGCAAGAAGCCUGCACAUUGUUAGGAAAGCUUUUUAAAAAAAAUUCCAUCAAAAUUGGAGUAUCUGAGUUUGAUUCUUAGCUGAUAGCACAAGGCUAUGUGAGGCAACAGAACAACUAUUCCACAUACCCUUCCCCAUGAAUUUGUUCUCUUUCAUUUAAAACUAAUUGAAGCCAGUAGCCAUCUUAAUGGCAGAGAAUUCUAAAAGUAAGUGAGUUGUAGCGUGUUCUCCUGUAGAGUCUUUUAAAUUUGGAUUUAAGAGCACUAUAAUGCUCCAUUGGGUUGGGGCCUUUUUAUUUUCUCUUCAACAACAAGAAAAACAGUAAAACUAAAUGUCUUUGCAAAUGGGAAUUCAGGUGCUGAAUUCAACAGUGGUUGAGCCUUGUUAAGUGUUGAUCUCUCUUUUAUGUGGUUUACAACAGUGGUUUACAAGGUCUUAAAUAUAUUGUUAUCUCUUUGGUUCUUACUACUGAUCUGUCUUUUCCAACAAGCAUAAUAUGUGUGCAUCUUUUACAGACCGAUUAAGACCAUUGUUAUCAUUUCUUUUUGAUGGAUGCAGUAAAAACUACCCUUAAUUUAGUCAAAUAUACUUCGCCCACUGAAAAUGUUUGCUUGAUCUAUAGGCUUGGGUAAAAGGGUGCUUUAUUUGCAUAAGAAGGUACAAGGAGAUCAGACUUCGUGGCCAGAGGGAAGAGAUGAACUGGGCAAGUUUACAGUAUCCUACAAUUUAGUAUUUAAAAGCCCAUUAAGUCUACUGCCAGGAAAUUCCAGGUACUCUUUACCAGAGUAAUUUGAAUUCAGAUAAUUCAGAUAGUGUGGGUAAUAGGAGACAAAAAUGUGUCCACCUGACUCCCCCCUUUUCAGAUUUUGCUUGAAAAUGUGAAUGUAUGAAGCUGCCUCAUGGGAAGUUCUUCUAGCUUAUGAGUUUCUAUUUGGACAGGUAGGAACUUUUUAACAUCUCAGCUUCACUGUUCCCUGAGAUGCUUUAGCAAAUAAAAUGUUCCUUAUUUGAAGAAAAAUAACUGGAGAAAUGCUUGAAGCAUAUAUGGUUUGCCACAGAUCUACUGCCCCUCUUCAACCUAUCCCCCCCUCCCCCCUCUGGGAGCUUCAUCUACUAGGCCAAUAUAUUGCUCAGACUCCAAGGCACUUGUUGUUCUGGAAGGAGAGAUGACAGAUUAGUUGGUUCAGGUUUUUCCCUAAGGCUCCUACAUGGCUUCUUUGCAUUGGAAAACUAUUUAAAUAGCCGCCUGCUCACUUCUACUACUCACUUCUUUACAGUGGUUUGUGUGGCUUCUUUGCAAUGCAACACACAGAAACAAAAGGUUUUAUGUCUUAAACAUGCAGAUAUUUUACAUAUACCUUGAAGGAUGCUCUGUAUUUCUAGAAAUAAUAAAUAUGUCUGUAUUAAUUUCUCUGGCUCUUGAUUACUAUCCACUCCAGCUAGUUCUCAAGUUAGAGACAGAAGUUUUGGGUAUGUUUUUGUUUUGGCACCGUGUGACUUUACAGUUACAAUUUGCAUUGUAGAAUUAUUACACUUACUAUUAACUAAAAUAUUAACUUAACAUAUGGAGAAGGAAUAUGCAUAUGUAUUUUUAGAUACACACUUUGGGAAUGUUACAGAGAUCAUGAAAAGAGAGUGAAAAUGUGAUAAAUCAAUAAAUGAGAAAUUAAGUAAAACAGCCAUAUCAAAAUAGUACUUAGAUGCCAGAAUUCUCUGCUGUUCAGUAUAUAGCUAUUCCAGCACCCAGAUUCUUAAAAACAACUAGCUAAUAUGGACGACUUUUUAUUAUGAUCAAAAGUUCACUGCCUCCACUCUGAGACAUGUCCACAAUAGCAUAGAAAUUGUGGGUAACAACAACACAACAUGCAUUUCAGAGAUUCUUGAAUGGUUCCCAUUAAAAAUAUUUCCAGCAUAUGAGUGAAAGAAUCUUCCAGUUCCAGAUAUUUUCCAUUUCAGUCAUGCCAUUCGUGCUAAUUCUUUGGUGCUUCAGUGGGAAUAAGGAAAUGUCAUAUGCUAUCAAACCAUCCUGAUGCUGACAUAAAGAAGGAAAAGAAUGGAUGCUUUUGUUGUCAUGUCUAGGAGCUCUCAGUUAAUAGUUGAUUUAAAAGCAUCUGGUGGGAUCCCAGAAGUGGCCCUUCUCUAUUGCAAUGGCUGUCCUCUGGAACACCACUAUCCUAGGGAUGCAUACGGCUCCAUUCUGAUGAUAUUUGAAACGUCUAUGAAAACCUGUCAGACCUUGAGGAAGAGUGGGUAUUGAGCCUAUUGGCUGUUUUUCUUUGUAUUGGUUUUUCCCCUUCUACAUGCAUAGUUCUUUUACUGUGUUUUAUGUUUUUAUUUUUUCCUCUUUCUUUUAAAAUUCUAAGCUGCCCAUAGUCAUCUGGAAUCAGGUGAUCUCUACAUUUCAUAAAACAAAUAAAGGUGCACUUAAAUCUCAUUGAAAUCAGUAUGAAAAACUAUUAAUAAUCUUUCACACUGAUUUUACUUGAACCCACAUGCAAAUAAUUAAUAGUGGACUGUUAUGAGUUUAUUUCACUUAUGUUAUAGGAUAAUUAGUAAAAGAAACCCUUUUAUUAUUGUUGUUCCAAGUUAAUAAAAGUGAGCAUUGUAUUUAUCUUCUGUAGUUUUUAGCUCAGAAACAGUGAUGUUUCCCCUUUAUUCCAAAGUAAUCGAAGAAAAGAUAAAUAUGAAAUGCUGUAAAUGAUUAUUUAAAGGAAAGUCUUAUAUAGCAAAUGAAUCAUCAACCCAGGACUUGGAAAAUAAUGAUAAACACUACUCCAUUGUUUAAAAAAGUAAUCUGGGACCAUUGGGUGUUAUGUAUAACAUCAUAUAUGCUUUUAAGUGGUUUUUUCUACAGUAUAAUAUUAUACCACUGUCUGCUAUUGGUUUUCCCCUCUUAUUUGGGAAUGUUAUCUUUCUCAGACAAGUUUAUUCUAAUUUAGAUAUUGUUUCCAUGUGAGAAAACUGUCAGUAAAAUUUUCUUUUAAUCUGCUAGGCAUAGGGAGUAUUCAAAAAUAAUUACAUUUGAUUGAUACUUUGUGUUCUAUUAAAUAUUUGUUUUUCUUAAUUCAGUGGGAAAAGAUCAAUAGACCUAUAAAAUUUCAUGCACCUUUAUAACAGCAAUACCAAUUUAUUUAUUUAGUGUAAUGCAAAUACCUGGAUUUAUAGUAGUUCAAAUGUUAAUGUCCAGUCCACCCAGCCAUUCAAGAACAGGAUGGUCUAUGUUGAAAAAAUCAGACAUUGGGCCGAUGUAAGCAAUAUCAAAUGUAGCUUUCUUGUAUAGUUUAUUUUAUUUUAAAUUUGUAUGCUGCCUGGCUUUCUUUAAUUCUCCUAUCUAGGUUGGCCCUGGUAAAUGCUUGGGUGCAAAACCAUCUAGGAAGCCCAUUAUUGGAGGUUCUAGUGUCCUUAAUCUUUAAAGUUUCUGGAUGAGUCAGGUAGCAACUGGAAUUCUAUUACAUAUCCAGUGUAUUCAUCACCACAUUCUUGAUGCUAUUAAUUGGUGGCUUCAUCUGUAGGCCAUAGUGUUGUGAUAUUACUGAGUGCUGAAGAACCAUUCUAUUUUUUGCACAUAAUUCAGGGAGAAAAUAGAAAGAGAUGUGAUUUCACAAACUUGCUUGUUGCUCUCCUUACAAAUUGUAUUAAUUGUUUUUAAUUGUUUUUACAGUUUAUGUUAUGUGCUGCCCAGAGUCAUUUGUUGAGAUGGGCAGCUAUAGAAAAUAAAUAAAUAAAUAACAUCUCGCAUGU